AUGGCUGCUCAGCCAUCCGCGUCCACGUCUACGGCGCCGGCAACGGACCCGGCCUCAGGCUCCGACCAGGGUGCUUCUGCAAACUCCCCGAACAAUAUGCCGGUGCGCACAAAGGAGUCAUAUGAUAAGCUUAUGGUUGAGCGAUUCAUCACUCGCGAUGCCAUCGCCGCCGCCGCGCUUGGUGGUCAACUCGACCAGACCCGUAGAAUAGUGAGCGAUACGCGCGAUAAGAUUCAGGAGUAUCGCCAGGUUCGCACCGACUUUCGCCAAUGGUUCCCCUCAUCAAGGCUCUACGGCGAGGGCUACAAUGGCUUCGCCAAUGGAUACACAGAAAACCAAGGACCUUCACGAAUUAUCUAUCCCUCCCAGAAACCUCGACCUGGUCAACGGACGACACCUCCUCUCAAGUACAAGCGCAAGGAUAUGCUCAAGCAGGCUGAGCAGCACGAGGAGCUGGUACCUUUGCGAUUGGAGGUUGAAUGGGACAAGAUCAAGCUGCGCGAUACCUUCACUUGGAACCUGCACGAGAGACUCCUCCAGAUCGAACUAUUCGCCGCACAACUUGUCGAAGAUAUGGGUCUGAAGCCCCCUGCAUCCCAACCGGUGUAUGAACAGGUUGUGCAUCAGAUGCGCGAACAGCUCAACGACUUUUACCCGUUGGUAUACUCCGAAGACGAUGCGCUUGAUCCCGAACUGCCAUACUCAGCCUAUAAAAAUGACGAGAUGCGAAUCCUCAUCAAGUUGAAUAUCACAAUUGGUCAGCAUACCCUUGUUGACCAAUUCGAAUGGGAAAUCAACAACCCCUCCAACUCACCAGAGGAGUUUGCUACCAACAUGGCACGAGACCUGUCCCUAUCAGGGGAGUUCACAACCGCUAUUGCACACUGUAUUCGAGAGCAAGUCCAACUCUUCACAAGGAGCUUAUAUAGCGUUGGACAUCCCUUCGAUGGGCGUCCAGUUGAGGACCCUGAUCUUAUCGGCGCAUUCCUCCAGACCCCUUUACCUACAGUCUUCCGACCUCAGCAACAGGCCAAGGAGUACGCACCAUACCUUUAUGAGCUCAGCGAAGCCGACUUGGAAAGGAACGAGACGAUAUUCUCCCGUGAGCAGCGACGACAGAAGCGAUCGAUCAACAGACGAGGAGGUCCUCAACUACCAGAUCUGAGAGAGAGGCAAAGGACCAUUCGAACACUCGUCGUUUCGUCUGUCUUGCCUGGAGCUGCUGCCACGAUUGACGAGAGUCGGUUGUACAAGAGGGCUGCUGGCCCCAGAACGAAGCGUGUUGUACGUGACGGAGAAAUCUCAGACUCAGAUGAGAGCGACGACUCGGGCCCCGAAUCACCUGCCCCGUCACAAAUUCCAGGCGGCACUGCUCGAACGCGCGGUAUGCGCGGAGCUGCGUCGGCAGCCCAGCAGAGAAUGGCCAACAUUGGCCGAUCGGAAACCCCUGAAAUCAGUUCCAUCUCACAUCAUCACGAGACAAGGACUUCCCGCCGAUUCAGAGAAGAAACAGAAGAGCCUACACAGAUGAUCGUGACACUCAGGCUUCCGCGCGAUAAGCUGAGGCGCUUGAUGAACCGUGACUAUUCCGACUUGAGAGCACCAUCUCAGACACCCGUGGCUUUCCCACGAGCACCCAGCUCAUCUGCGGCAAGAUCUAUGCCUCCACCGCCUUCUACCCCGUCAAACGCCAAUCCUCAUGCGUCCAUGACACCCUCUUCGUCUCUCCCGCCAGGCCAAAUAGGCCGACUACCAGCCCCUCCCACGGUCCCCGGGCAACAAGCUUCGAUUCCACAACCCCCGCCCCCUGAAUGGCUCGUCGCCGCCCUAAAGGAAUUAGAGAAGACGUACAAUCGUGGCGACAGGUUCGAGGCCAUGAUGAAGUACUCUUUCCUUGACCCUGUGACAGAGUUGCCUAUUCAAGGUCAACCAUUGCCUGAAGGUGUAAAAUAUGCCUGGCUGCCACGCAUCCGCUGCCUUGACUGCACAACUAAGCUCUACACACCUGGCCCAGAAAUGACAGUUAAGAAGUUCGAGGCUCAUCUCGAGUUCUCGGGCCACAAGAAUGCAGUCGCUAGACGUGUAGCAAUGGAGGCGGCUAACUCCUAA